UAUAGCCAGUUAGUCCUAGUUGAAAGGGGUUGACCGUCGUCGAAUCAUUUACUCGUCAACAGCCAAUGAAGUAUUAAUCUAUCCUUGUUUGUAGAUUAUAAAGGAGCCACGGUGAAAUGGAUAUUUGAAGAUUUGUUGCAGCUCUACCUGAUUCUGCAGCAUCGUCUCUGUUGAGGCAUUUGACAAGGAUGAGGGAUCUUCACAGACUGGACAGUAGGCUCUUGAAAGAGCUAAUGUCAAAUAAUGCUUUGGAGUCAAACUUUCUGCCCAGGGAGGCGGGGCUGAGGGUCAUCGAGUCUGCUGCAGAGACUCAAAUGAUGGUGUCAGCAAAGUGCAGAGAUGCAAAAGUUGAGGACCUGUGGAGUCUGACCAGUUUCUUUGGCUACAGCACCCAGACCUUUGUCCAGGCGGUCAAUAUUCUGGAUCGUUUCCUAGCUAUUAUGAAGGUACAACCAAAGCACCUAGCUUGUAUUGGAGUAUGCUGCCUCCAUAUUGCAACCAAGAUGGUGGAGGAGGAAUGCAACAUCUCACCUCCUCAAGAACUCAUCCGCAUCAGCCAAAGCAAGUUCACAGUCUCUGACCUCACCCGGAUGGAGAAGAUAAUUUCCGAGAAACUCAAUUCUGAGCUGAAAGCCGUCACGGCAUUAACCUUUUUAAACUUGUACCACGCUGCCCUUGUAUCCCUUACAUCAGCAAGGGAGGACGUCCCAAGACUUGGGAAACUGGAAGCCCAGCUAAAAGCCUGCUUAUGCCAGCUUGUUUUCUCUAAAGCAAAACCCUCAGUGCUGGCACUGUCUCUUGUUGCUCAGGAGUUUGAUGCCUUUCAAUCCACUGCCAUGUUGAAAAUUGUCCACCAACUUCAAAAGCAGCUUAAGAUUAGUGAAAGCGAACUUCACUAUUGGAGGGUGCUGGUGGCCAAGUGCAUGACUAAAUACAGCUCAGGUGAAUGUAACAAACCAGACAGCAAAAAGCUUGUGUGGAUUGUGUCCAGACGAACGGCACAGAAUUUGAACGCCAAUCGUGUCAGUGUCCCUGAACUUCCGACUAUUCCUGAGGUGAACUGGGAUGAGAGUGAAAGUGAGGAUUCAUUUGAGGACAUGAGCAGUGAGGAGGAGAGUUUGUGUGGCUCUCCUGGCAGUGAUGCGGAUGGUUUCUUUUUCCCCUCCGGCCUUCGCUAUAAGGGCAGAAAGUGAUACCUCUCUUACCCCCAAACCUACGAUGGAAGUUUUUGAACUACGUGUGUAGAAAGGUUUUCUCUGCCUGUGUCUGUAAUUGUAACCGUUUCUUGCCAUAAGAUAUGUAUUCUUGUGAUACUUGGCAGCAGGCCCAACCAAGUGCCUGUGUUUGGUUUAACCUUUUGUUAUGUUUUUUUAUUUAAAAAAUUGCAAUUCCUUGGCAGCUGACUAGUAAUAACAUACAUUUAAAUCUUUUUGAAUUUGUCAAUCCAUGUCCAAACUUGACACAUUCCUGAUGUCAAAGCUCAAUCAUUUUGUUCUAGGGUCCCAAUCUCAGCUAUACCCUCUUACAGAAUGUUACUGGUUUUAUGGUUUUGUACUCACUACAGUGUUGUAAUAUGUAAUGCCUAUAUCAACAUAUUGUAACAUUUGAGAUUAUAGUUUGAAACGAUGGCUUGUAUGAAAGUAUGUGAAUGUGAUUUCGUUUUUUUGUUUUGACAGAAUAUUCACUUACAAAUAUUUUAUUUUCAAAAAUCUACAAAAAAAUGUUUGUGAAUAAACCGGCCUAGUUGUAUAUCAACUAUAGUUACAACUGAAAUAUAAACUGUAAAUAAAUACUA